UGUAUGUGGACAAUUACAGGAUUAUUCCGUUUCUAGGCUGCUGUACAAACAACUGCAAACAAAAAGCUGUUAGAAACAUCAGGAAAAGAGUGAGAAGGAUCUCAAGACACUCUUGGUCACAAAAAAUGGCAUCAUAUCCAGAUAAUAAUCUGAGGAUUGUUCUGCUGGGUAAAACUGGAUCAGGAAAGAGUUCAACAGGAAAUACUAUACUGGACAGAGAGGAGUUUACAGUAUCCAGCAGCUCUUUGUCUGUCACUGAACAGUGUGAAAAACAAGAUGCAGAAGUUGAGGGUAAAGUCAUCUCAGUCAUUGAUACUCCAGGACUGUUUGAUACAUCAAUGAAUCCAGAGGAGCUGAAGUCUGAGAUUGAGAAGUGUAUAUUCAUGUCUGCUCCUGGUCCCCAUGUGUUUCUGCUGGUCAUCAGACGUGAUGUGAAAUUCACAGAUGAGGAACAGAACACAGUGAAAUGGGUUCAGAAGAACUUUGGAGAAAAGGUCAUGCAGUACACGAUGGUUCUGUUCACCCGAAACGAUCAGACAGAUCAGCCAAUAGAGGAAUAUAUAAAUGAAAAUGAACAUCUCAAACAGCUGGUUAGGGAAUGCAAGGCUGGAUAUCACAGUUUUAAUAACAAAGACAAAAAUGAUCGAACACAGGUUACUGAACUGUUAGAGAAGAUAAACAGACUGGUGGAGAGGAACGAAGGAAAACAUUACACCAAUGACAUGUACGAGGACGCUCAGAGAAUGCUUGAGUUAGAAGAGAAAAUUGUGAAAAAUCUGUAUGAAACAUACAUAAAACCGUGGGAAGAGAAUAUGAAAGAAAUGGAAGAGAAUAUGAAACAGAAGGAAGAGAAUAUGAAAGAAAGGGAAGAGAAUAUGAAACAAAAGCAAGUUGGAAAAUGUUCACUGGCAGGUUUGUUCGAUGGGUUAAAAUUAGUGGGCUCACAAUUUCAAGCAUUUUGCCAAAGCACAAAACUAUUGAUGGUACUGAAAACAGUGGGUCCAGUAAUUGUGAUUUGGAUAGUAUUUAAAAAGGAUGUGAGAAAAGUGAUUACAAGUCAUUCAUACCUACAUUCUCUGGUUUUGGGUACCAGACCUUCUGUAACAGUAAAUCAAUCAGACUUAUAUUCUCUUGUUUUAAGUGCCAGUGGACUUGCUUGUAUUUCAAAUACACUUCUGAAAUCUAUGUCUUUCUUUCAAAAUUAACUUCCACUAGUCCAUGGAAAUAGACUAUGGAGAAAGUUAUGUUCCGUGUCUAAAGUAUCUUCACAGACAGCAAGCAGCUAUUUAAACAAUAUAAAAAAUGUUUGAUUUGUUUCAAUGUAUUUGAUUUGUUUUCAUUGUAUUCAAAUGUAUCUUUUUUACAUUGAUUUACUGGUUGCUGGGUUGUUAGUGUUGGGUUGUAGGAUUUUUCAAAUGCUACCAGGAAGAAAAAUAAGGGUUGUCAGGGGAUUUUGUGUAAUUUAUGUCAGUAAUCAUUGAGUUUACCAGCAUACUUCUAGUGAUGUAGCUGAAGGCCCUUCUUACAUCCAUAGCAUCUAAUUGUUCUGAAAAUAUAGCUCACUAACUUUUCUGUUAGAAUUCAGACAUCUGAAUAAUACUUUCUAAAUGCAAUUGCAGAAAAAAGACAACACACAUGUAAUUUAGAGUCAUUGAAAUGACAGAAUCUAUAUAUGAAACAUAUAGCAGUGAAAUGAUUGAUGUAGACAUUUCACUUUAGGAAAUCAAAUUUAGACACAUUAAGA